UAGCUGGUCGCUUGUCCUAUCUGACUUUGUUGCGUAAACGAGCUCGCUAGGGAUUCCCCUCGCUCCCGUCGAUAUUUAAUGGAAAUGGCUCUCCCUGCCGACCCCGCAUCUUCUCCUCUCAGUUCAUCAGCAACCCACUCCUCUCGCCCUUCCUGCCACGAAAAGGCAGCAGCCACGCACCAGUAUGCGCGACAUUGUCCAAGAGGAACAAAUUCACCCUCUUGGUCUCACGGGUUCUGAUGACUACGACUACGACUACGAAGUGUACUACUUCUGGCCCUCAAUUUCGCCACACGUUGUGUCUGCUGAUGAUAUCGAGGCUUUCGACUUGGUUGAGUGGCCAGCAACCACCCAGUGGUCCCUACUCAACGACAACCAUCCUGCCCGUCCAAUUUCUCCCGUUAUAUCACUCUCGUACACAACGACAACGGAAUUCGCCUUUCCGACUGUUGAAGAUGAGGCCGGGCUUUCAGGCUAUAGCCGUUUCUUCAGAUCCGGCUUUCGAUGUGCAUCACACCGAUUGACACGACGGUUUGACAAUGUCUUGCAUGCACUUCAGAAGCGUCUUCGCGCCACCAAACGCAAGUUAGUGUUCAGACGUUGAACCCGCUGGUAUCUUGUCUGGCGCCUUGAUCGGACGUUCUUGAUCACAAUGCUUGAUCACACCUAAAAACUGCACGCUUUGGAGGACAAUCUUGGAUGAUGUACAUAUUGGUUCGUGUAUAUCGAACGCCUCCUUUCUUGGUCUUGAUUUCUUGUAGAAUUCUGCGUCGCUGCACUUGCUAUCUUGUUUUCUUGGUUUUGUGUUUCUUGGUCGCACACAAGUAGCAUACGUUCAUCAUAAUGCUGUUUCUUGCUCAUUCAGCCACAUUCAUAUCGUGUCAUAUAAUUUGAUCAAUUGCAAUGUAAAUAGUCACUCGAAGAAAGGUCCGCUAAAGCA